AUAUUGGUCACAAGCGGGCAAUAGAGCCAGCAGCCGGAAUUGCGAAUAUGCGUGGUUUAAGAAUCUUUUUAAGCAAAUUAUAUAUUUAAAGAAAAAAAAAAUCAUUUCAAGUCACCCUCGGCAUUCGGGUCACAGUCAAAGGCGUAUUCAUAAGUACGUGCCUAUACCCCAGCCACUCAUUUCCCCGGACAAGUCGUGCAGGUUGUGCGGCGCUGCAACGCGAGGCUAACUUCUCUCCCCGCCGUGGCGUCGUGAUUCAGGAGCCCUCGUAGUCUCGGCGACGGAGAGCCCCACUCAGCUCGCCGAUCCCGGUCUAAAGCCCCAGAAAUGGCACCGCCGAGGAGGGUCUUUACUUGACCGCACGUAUUUUUAUUUUUAUUUUUUUUAUUUUUAAUACAGCAACGGUGGCAUUUUACACGACUGGAAAAAUGCACCAUCAUCAUCAUCAUCGGAGCUACACAUCCGCGUCUUGGCCUAUAAAAAAAAACAUUUCCUAAGAAGGAGCAACUGCAGUGGUCCAGUAGUAAGGUGCCAGUAUCACACAAGAAAACUACAAAUCCCAGCAGGAGAAUUGUGACGUAAUGGAAUAUUAAAGAUACCAUCAAGCAGAUGAAGUAAUUAUUCAGCGCAGCACAGCAACACCAGUGGCUCACAGAGGCAUAUUUUAGAGCUAUUUCGUCUGGAUGACAGUGGAAGACGUGUGGCUGAUCUUCCUGGGCCAGAAACGGAUGUGACUGGUAAUAUGGAUAUCAUACCCUAACUCCCUCAAACGCUCAAGAUAAAGAUAGGUUAACUGCGUGACUGCAAGAUCAACAGUAGUCAUGCACAGUGCUGCUCCUGAAAUCAUGGCAGGAUACCCAAGUGGAUGCGUGGCGGAUAAAGAUGCAAAUCAGGAGACAACCUUGGGGAGUGCCUACUCUCCCGUGGACUACAUGAGCAUCACUAGCUUCCCCAGGCUGCCAGAGGACGAUGUGAUGUCUGGGGAAAACACCCUCAAAUCUCGCAAAGACGAUGACAACGUCCUGAGUGAGCAAGAUACGGACCCAGAUCUGUUUCUGAAGUCGGCUCGUCUCCAGCGUCUCCCUUCCUCGGCCUCUGACCUGGCCAGCCAUGAUGUUGCAUCCCUACAAGAGACCAGGAGAGACCCCUUUACAGAAGAAUGUGCUUGUCAGCGAGAUGGACUGACAGUCAUCAUCACAGCAUGUCUCACCUUUGCCACAGGAGUCACUGUAGCUCUCAUCAUGCAGAUCUACUUUGGAGACCCACAGGUCUUUAACCAAGGAGCAGUGGUGACAGAUGUGGCUCAGUGUACAUCUCUUGGCUUUAAUAUUCUUGGGAAGCUGGGGUCCAGCGUUGAUGCUGCCAUAACUGCUGCCCUCUGUCUGGGAAUUGUCCACCCUCACACCUCUGGUAUAGGAGGUGGUGGAGUUAUGUUGGUGCAUGACAUCCGAAAGAAUGAGACGAGGGUCAUCGAUUUCAGAGAGACGGCACCAUCUGCCAUCCAUGAGGAGAUGAUGCAGACAAACCUUGAUCAUAUUCCUGGCCUGCUUGUGGGAGUACCAGGCAUGCUCAGUGGGAUGCAUCAGGCACACCGGCUCUAUGGCAGGAUGUUGUGGAAGGAUGUGGUUACCAUGGCAGCAGAUGUCGCCAGAAAUGGAUUUAAUGUUACCCAUGAUUUAGCUGAAGCUCUGGCUAAAGUGAAGGACCAAAACAUCUCAGAUGCAUUUCGGGAAUUGUUCCUCCCCAACGGCCAGGUUCCCCUUUCUGGAUUUUUCAGCAGACGUCUUGAUUUGGCAUCCAUAUUGGAUGCUGUUGCAGUUAAAGGGAUAUCGGAGUUCUACAGUGGAAACCUGACGCAGGAGAUGGUGGCUGCAGUGCAAGCAAAAGGCGGAGUGCUCACAGAUGAUGACUUUGGAAACUACAGCACAGUCUUACAGCAGCCAGCAGAGAUCGCCUAUCAGGGACAUCAUGUAAUGGCGGCUCCAGCCCCACAUGCAGGCGUUGCCCUGAUCACUGCUCUCAACAUCCUGGAAGGCUACAACAUCACCAGCCAGGUUCCCAGGAACAGCACCUACCACUGGAUAGCAGAGUCUGUGAAGAUAGCUUUGGCCCUGGCUAGUGGGCUCGGAGACCCUAUGUAUGACACUUCUGUCUCAGAGACUAUUGCCAAGAUGCAGAGCAAAACACAGGCCUCCCUACUCCGCCAGAUGAUCAGUGACUCUCAUGCGUUCCCUGUCAGCCAUUACACUCCAUCAUUUACCUUGGAAGAGGGUGCAGCAGCUGCCCAGGUCAUGGUCAUGGGCCCAGACGACCAUAUUGUGUCAGUCAUGAGCUCUCUAAACAAACCAUUUGGCAGCGGGAUAGUGACUCCCUCAGGAGUCCUUUUGAACAGCCAGAUCCUGGACUUCUCCUGGCCUAAUAAAACACAGAGUUCAUCACCUAACCCACACAACAGCCUCCAGCCUGGAAAGAGGCCCAUGUCCUUUCUGAUGCCCACAGCAGUGAGGCCUGCCGUGGGGUUAUGUGGCACAUACGUGGCCGUUGGAUCUUCCAAUGGAGAGAAAGCUCUCAGUGGCAUUACACAGGUGCUGAUGAAUGUUUUGUCUUCACGUAAAAACAUGAGUGACAGUUUAGCAUAUGGGAGACUUCACCCACAGCUGAAGCCCAACACCCUCCUGGUGGACUCUGAGUUUCUAGAUGAAGACGUGGAACUGCUGCAGGCCAAAGGUCACAAAGUUGAGAGGAUAGAUGUUCUCUCAUUGGUGGAGGGCACCCGGAGAACCAAUGACCUCAUCAUUGGGGUGAAAGAUCCCCGUAGCACUGAUGCCUCCGCCCUCACUAUGUCCAACAUGCCCUAGUGCGCCCCCCAUAUUCACACAUAAAGAAGAAGGGGUAAGAGUAAUACUAUGAUUGACAAUUAAUGAGGGAGUAAGGAGGCUGCUAAUUAACCAGUACACUAAACAGAAUUUAACAGCAAAGUACUGUUGUUUGGUGGGAAAAAAAAAACAUUCAACAAAUUA